UUUCCCCAAAUUCUAUGCCCUCCCAGGCUCCCCUAACCCGAUUUUGGUUCACUCGAUCAUAGCCGCUCGCCGUCGUACGAAUCAACCUUCUCCACCUCCGUCGCCCACCAUUCUCCGCCACCAGCUUCUCCUCGUGUUUUCCGGCGCUUACUACUAGGCUGAUUAGGAAACUGAUAAGUUUCUGGUCAAUAGCUGAGCUAAAAAAAUCCAGUUGAAGAUGAAUUCUUGAUGAUUAAGUGAAUUUUUGUCCAGUUUGCUACUAAAGAUUGACAUGGAGAUCUGUUUUCUCUGGGUAAGAUGGUAGCCACUCUCUUCUGAGUAUUCCAAAAUGACAAAUCAAAUAUUAAAAUCAAUGAGAAUUUCGCUGCUUUUCUAUCUUGCACUCCAUCAUAGUGGAUGAUGAAGAAUCUGAAACAGGAUGGGUGGAUUCUUUACGAAAUAAAAUGCGCCUACUGACUAUACAUUUGGUUCAAGUAAUAAGAUCAAAGCCUGGAGGAAAAAUUGAGAAAAUAUGUUUGAUUAUAUUGUAUCUUGAAUGAGAAAGAAUAUAAGGAUGUGUUUGCGCAUAUAUAUUUUUCGAGAGUCUCCUUUGGAGAUGUGGAAAGAGUGGUUUCUUUUGCAUUUUCUUUUCCUAGUGCAUAUGCAUGUCCAUUGGGACACGUUGUUGGUGUUCUCAUGCUCAGAUAAGUUGAAGCAAGUUUGCUAAAGAAGGAUGCUUCUUCUCAAGAAAUUUAACUGGUUCCUGCAUUUCGUAUCGAAAAGAAAUUCUUGUUAUAAAGGAAAAUCCUCUUUUCCAUGUAGCUUUUUCUCUAAAUGUGCCUGCUGUCAUUUUCUCUUGCACUUUUAUCCGUCCUCAUACGCUUCAGUUUUACUACUUGCCACCUUUAUCUUGAUUUUAAGUAAACCUGUCUAACUCUGAUCUCCUUUUCAAAUCCCAUAUACCACGUAAUUUGGAACUCAGUCUAUUGAGUUUUUCAAAUGUGGUGACGUUUUUACUAUAUCUGAAAUUUCCCCUCCCAAAUUGGAUACUUUAAAAGAAGGUUGCAACUGAUUCAGAAAGAAGCUGUUUUCUUUAUUUACUUCUUGUCAACAUCAUCGCCAUGCUGGUUUCAAUUCCAUGUUUCAGAUGGAGGCAGUUUGUCUUAACAGUGACCCAGUGUUUGAUGACUGUGAAGAAUAUGAGGACGAAGAAGACUGCUCCGUGGAGGAACAUGAUGAUGGAGUUCAUGAAAAAGAUUCCAAAAAGGAGUCCCCACAACCAACUAUCGGUCUGGAAUUUGGGUCUUUUGAUGAAGCAUAUGAUUUUUAUAACAGGUAUGGCAAGGAACAAGGAUUUGGUAUUAGAGUGAGCAACUCUUGGUUUAGAUCAAAAAGGAAAGAAAGAUAUCGAGCAAAACUCAGCUGCAGUAGUGCAGGUUUCAAGAAGAAAAGUGGAGCAAAUCAUCCCAGGCCAGAAACAAGAACUGGUUGUCCUGCAAUGCUAGUAAUUAAGCUUGCGGACUCAAAAAGAUGGAGAAUUGUUGAAGUUGAGCUUCAGCACAAUCAUCCAGUAAGCCCAGAGGUCAGGCGGUUCUAUAAGUCGCAUAAGAAAAUGAUUCUCGCUGACAAAAAGCAGCAGGAAUCCAUACCUAUUACAGAAGUACAUACCAUUAAGUUAUACCGCACAUCUAUUGAUGCUGCAUGUAAUGGAUUGCAAAAAAUCAAGGACAAGGAUAGUAGGUUUCCUGUUGAUACCUCAAAGCAUUUGGAGCUUAAAGAGGGGGAUGCCAAUGCACUGUAUAAUUAUUUUUGUCGAAUGAAGUUGACAAAUCCAAACUUCUUUUAUCUGUUGGAUCUUGAUGAUCAAGGAUGCCUGAGAAAUGUGUUCUGGGCUGAUGCUAGGUCUAGGGCUGCUUUUAAUUAUUUCUCAGAUGCAGUUGCAAUUGAUACAACAAGCUUGAGGAACAAAUAUGUACUUCCUCUUAUUUCUUUCGUUGGAGUAAACAACCACGGACAACCUGUUUUGCUGGGAUGUGGUUUUCUUGGACAUGAGUCAGUAGAGUACUUUAUUUGGAUGUUCAAAUCAUGGCAUACGUCUAUGCUAGGAAGACAUCCACAAGUUAUUGUAACUGAUCAGUCAAAACCAUUGCAAAUUGCGGUUUCUAAGGUGUUCCCUCAAGCUCGUCAUUGUUAUUGUUUAUCAUAUAUCAUGCAGCGUGUUCCAGAGAAGUUGGGAGGAUUGGACGGAUACGAGUCUAUUAAGAUGCAACUGUAUAAAGCAGUUUAUGAUUCCUUGAAGAUCACUGAGUUUGAAAGUUCGUGGGGUCAGAUGAUCAGUCAGCAUGGACUCAAGGACAAUAAAUGGCUUCAAUCAUUGUACGAAGAUCGUGAAAAAUGGGUACCAGUCUACUUAAAAGAUAUUUCCUUCAUGGGAAUCAUACCAAUAACAGAAAAUGAGAGCUUGAAUGCAUACUUUGAUGGUUAUGUACAUAAACACACUUCAUUCAAAGAAUUUGUUGAUAAGUAUGAUUUAGCGAUGCAAAGGAAGCACAUGAAAGAAGCAAUGGCAGAUAUGGAGUCGAGAAGUUUGAGCUUUGAGUUGAAAACAAAUUGCAAUUUUGAGGUGAAGCUCUCAAAGAUAUUCACAAAGGAAAUAUUCAAGAAGUUCCAAGCAGAAGUUGAAGGAAUUUACUCUUGUUUCAAUACAAGGCAAGUGAACAUUAAUGGGCCAAUAAUGACAUUUGUUGUGAAAGAAAGAGUAGAAUCUGAGGGAAGCGAGGUGGAGGUCAAGCUGUUUGAGGUUCUUUAUGAGACAACACAAGCGGAAAUACGUUGUAUUUGCAGUUUGUUUAAUUUCAAAGGUUAUUUAUGCAGGCAUGCAUUGAAUGUACUGAAUUAUAAUGGUGUGGAAGAAAUUCCAUCACAAUACAUCCUACCACGUUGGGAUAAAGAUUACAAACGUAAGUUUCCAGUAGAUUCUGGCCUUUGUCAUAUUGAUGUGAAUAAUCCUGUGGAAUUGUAUAAUAUUCUACAUAAACAUGUCAUGCAAGUUGUUGAAGAAGGGGUACAAUCCGAAGAACAUUACAAAGCUGUACUCCAAGAAGUAGAAGCUCUUUUGAGCAGGUUUUCCCUUGAAGACAACAAUUUGGUUUCACUGUAAUAUUUGACAUAGAACAUCCAAUACAGAAUUAGAGUGCAUCUGUGUGCAUAAUAUAAACAUCACAUGUCCUGAUCA